AUGCCUAACGGCGACCAGAGUGUGCCACGCCUGUCAUCGUGGAACGCGGUGGCUCGCGCGAAGCCGGGACCGGACCUGAACUUACCACGUGAGUUCCGGCAACUCCUGGCGACGAUGGAACUGCAGGAUCCAAAGAUGAACGGAGCCCUCCCUGGGAGUGCUGUGGAGCAGGAGCAUGAGGGCUUCCUGCCCAGCCGUAGUCCUUCUCCUGGGAGGAAACCGGCCCAGUUCAUGGAUGUCAAGGGGAAGACAUCGUUUGGAAUGUCAGUGUUCAACCUCAGCAAUGCCAUCAUGGGCAGCAGCAUCCUGGGGCUGGCCUAUGCCAUGGCCCACACGGGGAUCCUCCUCUUUCUGACUUUGUUGCUGUGCAUCGCUCUUCUGUCUUCGUACUCCAUCCAUCUCCUGCUGACAUGUGCUGGUGUUGUAGGCAUCUGA